AUGAACAUUUUUGUACGCUUCUGGCGAUGGCUAUUAAGCUUAUUCUGGUCUAAAAGUAUUUCUAUGACAAUAGUUGGUCUUCCAUCUGCAGGAAAAACAACAUUAGUCCGUGCAUUUGCAAAUCAAGAUACAGAAGAACCUGUUGUCCCAACAAUUGGAGCACAAAAUUCAACAAUGAAGAUCGGAAAAAUCAAUGUAAAUGUUCAUGAUAUGAGUGGAAAUAAAAACUCACGUGCAUUAUGGGAAGAAUAUUGCCAAAGAGCAGAUGUUAUUCUCUAUGUCAUCGAUUCGUCUGAUCAGGAAGCUGUACUUGCAAGUGAGAAUCAGCUCUCUGAACUAUUCCAGAAUUUUUCAUUAUCUCGAAAGCCAUACUUAAUAAUUGCUAAUAAGCAAGAUAUUCCUGGAGCAUUAAAUAGCGAAGAUAUCAUGUCUCGCUUGAAAUUAGAUUACGUUAGUGACAGAACUGUUAAAUUAUUCUGUAUUUCUGCCAAAAAGAAGACGAAUAUCGAUCAGAUCAUUGAGUGGAUUAACAAUGAAUUUUAA